CCGCAGUCUCAGCACUCAAGGCGGAUGUAACGUAUAUUGUGUGAGUGUGUUAUGACUGUUUUCCUUCGGAUAAUAUUUUCAAGAUGGACGCAUCGAUAGCAUGGCGAUGUUUACUACUCUUCAUUAUAGCUAUCGAUCAAGCAUACAGCCAGUGCUCAGGAUCUCGAUGCGGAGAAUGUCUUAUAACAGAUGGAUGUGCCUGGUGUAAAGAUAGGAAUUUCACAAAAACACGAUGUGCCACGGAAGCCCAGUUGAAUUCGGACGGUUGUCCAAGCAUUGUCCUUAGGAAAGAACAUGAAAUCAUAUACAUCAAGGACAAUGAUUUCUCUGAUGGAGGACCGGGCCAGGAUUCUAUUCAGAUCAAACCACAACACGUCAAAAUUAAACUGGUCCCCAACACGGUGCUGAAUACCUUCCAGGUGUACUAUAAAAUUGCAAGAAACUUUCCGCUAGAUCUUUACUUCUUGAAUGAUCCUUCCUACACAAUGAGGGAAUUACAAAGCUCCUUAAAAUCUCUGGCCAAAGCGAUUGCAAACGAAAUAAAGAACUUGACAACAGAUUUUCAGUUUGGGUUAGGAACAGCUAUGGAUAAGGUCAUUCUACCAUUCACACGAACAUCGCCGCUUUAUCUGGCUGAUCCGUGCGUAGGAACUUCCAUAACUUGUGAAAAGGCUUACUCCUAUCGACAUCGCCAGACACUUACCCCCAAUAUUACGACAUUCGAGGAUGCAGUAGAUGGCAUAAGAACCACGGCAAACUUUGACAAACCAGAAGGUCUUUUUGAUGGUCUAAUGCAAGCUAUGGUGUGUGGGAGUAAAAUUGGAUGGAGGAACAAAGCCAGGAGAAUGUUAUUAUACGCUACAGAUAUCAACUUUCAUCAAGCUGGGGAUGGACGGUUAGCUGGAAUCCUUGAACCAAAUGAUGGGGAAUGCCAUCUAAGUAACACCGGAUAUUAUACAAAGGCUGAAAUUCAGGACUAUCCUUCAGUCGGUCAAAUCAUUCAAAAAGCCAAAGAAAACAACAUAAAUAUUAUCUUUGUGAUUGGCGGAAAUUCUUCUGAACUGACCAAUCAGCAAGUUCGGAAUCUAUAUUAUGAUAAACUCGCUCAACUGCUACCAGGGGGUACACCAGGGGCCUCACAGCUCUCUACAGAUGCAAGAAAUAUCCUGAACAUCGUCAGUGAAAAUUAUAGGCGUCUACGUGAGACUGUUAAGUUAGUAGUUAACGAAGAUUUCCCUGAACUGGAUGUCACCAUGUACACAAACUGUAGAACAGGAGGACGAUCGCCAGACAGAACCAAUAUUUGUUCCGGACUUACUAUAGAGAAAUGGGCGAAUUUCACACCUGUAAUACAGUCUACUUUUACCGUGUGUCCAGAGAAUAGAAAUUUGACCUUCACCAUAUUCCCUGAGGGACUGGAGGAGCGUGUUCAAGUAGACGUAGAACAUGUGUGUGAUUGUGACUGCCAGCUACAACCGGAAGCGGAGCCAAAUAGCGCUAAAUGCAGUUUUAAUGGAACAUAUGAGUGUGGGAUCUGUAAAUGUAACCCUGGAUGGAUAGGAGAUAGCUGUGAGUGUGAUAAUCGAGGGACGGCAGAGGAAGCAUGUGGUACAGAUAAUGGAAUCUGUAAUAACGCGGGAAAUUGUACAUGCCGGAAGUGUGAAUGUUUCAAAGGCUACAGUGGAGACAAAUGUGAAUGUAAUGACGAGAAUUGUAGGACCUACAACAAACUUCUCUGUGGUGGACCAUCACAUGGACGCUGUGACUGUGGACAGUGCGUCUGUAAUGCAAACUAUACCGGGGAUGCCUGUGAAUGCUUGACCUCCACUGACCCUUGUAAAAAUAACAAUGGGACUAUUUGUUCUGGUAAUGGCGUGUGUGAAUGUGGACGCUGUCGUUGCAAUACCGGUUGGCGGGGAACACUGUGUAACAGUUGCACGAGUUGUCCUGGUAUCUGUAAUAACAAUAAGGACUGCGCUGAAUGUGUUGCCUUCAAUCAAGGAAAGUAUAACAGUACCCUCUGUAAAAAUCGCUGUUAUAACGUCAAGACUGCGUCACUACUGGAACCAGCAACUCAGGAAGGUGACAAUGCCACUGUUACAAUAAAAUCCUGUAUCAUAGAGGACAGUUUCGGAUGUAUUAUAAACUUUAAUGUCUAUGAUAGCGAAGCUGGACAGGAAGUUGUCGUCAAAGAUACAAAGAGAUGUCCUGCAGGACCACCAGAUCCCGUGACGAUAGGACUCAGUAUUUCUGGAGCCAUUUUCCUCAUUGGCCUAUUGCUUUUACUGAUCUGGAAGCUAUUAACUAUGUUAUAUGAUAGUAUGGAGUACUCCAGAUUUGAAUCUGAAAUUCAGAAUCCAGCCUGGGAAAAGUCUGAAAAUCCAAUCUACAAGGAGUGUGUCACGACAGUACAAAACCCUAUGCAUGAAACAGAGUUCAACCAUGGCAACAUGGACGAAAAGGCAUUAAUGUGACAAGGAUGUCAAGACUUUAAUGGCCAAAAUUCGUAAGAACCACAUAUUCUGAAGACGAAGGCGAAAAUCAUCAGACUGUUUAUCUAGUAUAAGGAUACAGAACUUAAGAAAGAUCAAUUAACCUACUUUUAAGUUACCUGUUUAAGAAUUAUCUUGGUCAAAUACGUAUGGCGAGAUAUUUUAGCUUGUUUUUAUGAAGCCAGCAAAUAGAUAAGAAAGGGACAUACACUGAUGAUAAAUGAUUAUAUAU